GCAUCUUGGGAUUGCUCUCCCUCGCAUCGCUUUCGUGCCGGUGGCGUGAGGCGUUGUUGUGGCGUCUCUCGCUCGGAGGAUGGCCGGUUUCCGCGCUUUAGGAUUAUCCCCCUGGCUGGCGGCGCAGGCGGAGCAACUGGGCCUGUCGAGGCCCACCCCGGUGCAGGAAGCCUGUAUCCCUCCCGCGCUGCAAGGUCGUGACUGCAUGGGCUGUGCCAAAACAGGAAGUGGCAAGACAGCUGCCUUUGUGCUACCCAUCCUGCAGAAACUUUCUGAAGAUCCUUUUGGCAUCUUCUCCCUGGUGUUGACACCAACAAGAGAACUGGCCUAUCAGAUUGCUGAGCAGUUCCGUGUCCUUGGAAAGCCUCUGGGCUUAAAGGAUUGCAUCAUUGUCGGGGGAAUGGAUAUGGUCUCUCAAGCUCUGGAACUGUCUCGGAAGCCCCACGUUGUCAUUGCUACCCCUGGUCGCCUGGCUGAUCACCUACGGAGCUCCAGUACCUUCAGUCUUCGAAACAUCAAGUUCUUGGUCCUGGAUGAAGCUGACCGGUUGCUAGAACAAGGCUGCACCGACUUUACCAAAGACUUGGAAGUCAUCCUGGCUGCAGUUCCAGCCAACAGACAGACAAUGCUCUUCAGCGCCACCCUGACAGAUACACUGAAUGAGCUCAAGACGAUUGCAAUGAACAAGCCUUUCUUCUGGGAAUCCAUAUCUGAGGUACGGACGGUGGAACAGCUUGACCAGCGUUACCUGCUGGUGCCCGAGAAGGUCAAAGACGCUUACUUGGUCCACCUUGUGCAAACAUUCCAAGAUGAACAUGAGGAUUGGUCCAUCAUCAUCUUCACCAACACUUGCAAGACCUGCCAGAUUCUCAAUAUGAUGCUCAGGAAGUUCAACUUCCCAUCGGUGGCUCUCCACUCAAUGAUGAAGCAGAAACAACGUUUUGCAGCGCUGGCAAAGUUCAAAUCAAGUGUCUUUAAGAUCUUAAUAGCUACUGAUGUGGCUGCCAGGGGGCUCGACAUUCCCACCGUCCAAGUAGUCAUCAACCACAACACACCUGGACUCCCCAAAAUCUACAUCCAUAGGGUGGGACGGACAGCUCGGGCUGGUCGGCACGGCAUCGCCAUCACGCUGGUGACCCAGUACGAUAUCCAUCUUGUCCAUGCGAUUGAGGAACAGAUCAAAAUGAAGCUUCAGGAGUUUUCUGUGGAGGAACAAACUGUGCUGAAAAUUCUCACCCAAGUGAACGUGGUGCGACGGGAGUGUGAGAUUAGACUGGAGGCAACGGAUUUUGACGAGAAGAAGGAAAUAAAUAAGCGGAAGCAGAUGAUCCUGGAGGGAAAGGACCCCGAUCUGGAGAUGCAACGUAAGGCCGAGCUGGCCAAGAUUAAGAAGAAGAAGAUCAAGUUCCAGAGCCGAGUCCAGCAGACCCUGCACGAGAGGCAGCAGCAGCAGCUUCAGCACAGGCUGGAAAAAUGGGUGCGACGGCAGAAGCGGAAGCAGACGGCUGUGGCGAAGUGAGGCAGCCCGUCCUCCCGUCUUGGUGGCCAAGGACCCCUUGUAGGAAACGAUCCCCUUGAACGCUCUGCAACUGGGCUACCUCCGUCCUAGAAAUCUGCCUUGCACAAAGGGGGAGGACAUUUCUUGUAACGCUGAAUUGAUGCGAAUGGAACCGAGGCAUCUCGAGGAUGGGCACUUCAAGGACUGAGAAAAGAAUAUGACAAGUGAAGGAGGAUCUGAGAAGUUCCUUGGUCAUCUAGAGGUGGAGACUGAGGAUAUCCUCUUUGCGGCUUUCUUCUUUCUCCAAAACCAAGGCUUUCAGUUGGGUUGGGCCCUUGGAGGCAGCCUCUCUUUCCAAAUAAGGGCUGCAUCAUAAGAUCAUUGUCUUGUCUUGCAGCCAGCAGCUUUCAAGUGUCACCAUGUGAUCAGGCCACCAAGCAAAGGUUGGUGUUUUGUGGGUGGAUCCUUUUGAUGGAAGCAGGCUCUGAUUUGAGGGGGGCACUGGAAUCUUACUGCUGUCCCAGGCACAGCUUGCUACUAAACCAUGUGCUUUCAAUAAAUUACUGUCUAUGAUGAGGGGAAGAAAAUCAGAGACUUGUAUAUGUUUUAUGCAAGCUUAGCUACAGUCUUGGGGUUUGACUGUAAGUUUCUUCUAAAAUUAUUUCAAUAAUUUCCAAAUAGCAUGCUGUAAUAGGAGCCCAUGCACAAAGGGCACUUCCUAUUCCUAUCUCUACUUGAGUUUCUGGUCUCUCUCUCUCCUUUCCAAGGGCCUUUGGAUGGGAACACAGCAGAAGUAGGGGUUUAUACAGUUUGUGAGAUGUUAUAAAAGUGAAUUAUGUCUUCACUUCUCAUGGGAGGGGGAGGCUUUUGAUUUUCACUAAAAUAGCCAAGCAUCUAGUCUUCCUUCCUGUACCAUAACAAGCCUAAAUGGUAUGGCUGUGCAGAACAUUUCAAAUUCAUACUAUUUUGAAUUCCAAAUGCCCUGUUUUGAUCAUUUUGGACUUGUUUCAAGCUCAAAACACUUUCAAAAUGAUUCAGAUAGCUUGUUUCAAACUUGGUAUAGGGUGCAAUCAAUCAAUCAAAUCUUUAUUACAGUCAAAGGCCAGCAUAAGGAGGGUGGGGUACAGUC